AUGUGUCGCUGGUUCUGUAUGGUAUCAGACGAGGAGGCUCUUGUCGAGGACAUGCUCGUACGGCCGAGACACUCCCUGCUGAAACAGAUUGAUGACCACUACCUCCCUCACGUUCACGUCAAGUUCCAGGCAUCCGAUAGCACAUCCUCGCCGAAUGUCACUACCAAUAUGGACGGUUACGGUAUCGCAUACUGGACGACCACCGCCAGCGACUUUGACCCAUGCAGCAAGAGCAGUUCCGACAUUGCUAGGAUGCGCCCCGUGGUUUACAAGAGCAUUCGCCCGGCGCUGAACGACUUGAACCUCAAAUCAUUGGCAGCCGGGACGAGCUCGAAAGGUCUACUGGCCCAUAUCCGAGCUGGGACGGGUCUCACACCGGUGGUCGAAACAAACAACCACCCAUUCAUUUUCGGCCGGUAUGCGUUUGCGCAUAACGGGGUGUUGUCGCAUUAUGCCGAGCUCAAGCUCCGCCUUCUCACCUCCCUGCGUGGGCGAGCCGCCCAUAAUGCCAUCCUUGGUACGACGGACAGCGAACACAUGGCUGCCCUUUUCUUCGAUCGUCUUGUUGCCGGAACGGCAGCCGGUUGGGCAGAGCUUUUGGAGGGAAAGCAGUACCCCGUGCAGCAAUUGGCAAGCACCAUGCGCGUGGUCCUGGCCGAACUCGAGGGUUGGGUUGCCGAGUGCAUUCAAGAGGACAAGGAGGAGGAUAGCUCAGCCGUUUGCAAUGGCGUUGCCCCGCACUCGGCCCUCAACCUCGUGGUCACGGACGGUUCGUCACUCGUUGCUAUCCGCUACGCGUCUCCACAGCCCCGCGAACCUCCCUCUCUUUACGUAUCGACUGUUGCAGGUGCAACAAUGAAUAGGCUGUACGAAGGCCAUCCGGACAAAGGCUACCCUCAACUCCCUGGGCACUGCCAGCGUGAGGGCCCCAAGCCCAGGAAGGAACACGGGCGGCACGUGAUUGUUGCCAGCGAGCCCAGCACGUACGACCGGAACGAGUGGAAACUCGUACCCCCGCAACACAUGGUGAUCGUAGGCACCGACCACAUCCCCAACGUUGAGGUCAUUUGA